AAAUGAUAGUCAUCACGGUUAUUUUUCUACUAUAAAAUUUGAUCUUGAAUAAAAAAAGCAUUUAAUCUUUCUCUAAUCUAAACUAACAUAAUUCUACGUCAACUUAAUUAUACAAAAUAAAUAAAUAAACAUAAAAUACAUCACAUCAUCUACUCUUUAUCAAGUAAUUCAAUAAAAAUAAAAUAAAAUAAAUAAGACUUGAAAUGCUCCCCAAAACUCAAAUUUGCCUAUAAAUAAUGCCAUACUUAUUGAGAACUCCAAAACACAAACUAGAGUUUGCUCAUAAUGCUUUUGGAUAAAUUUUUUGAAUGCCGUCAUCUACGCUCAAGGCCUCAAGCAACCAAUGGGAAGAUGAAGGUUGUGUUGAGGGUGCAAAUGGAGAAUACCAAGAAGCGAGCUAAAGUUAUGACAUGCUUGGUUAAAUGGCGUGGUGUUAUCUCUGUAUCAUUGGAAGGAAAGGAAAACAAUGAAAUAGCAAUUGUUGGAGAAUAUAUUGAUCCAGUGAGCAUCACUCAAAAACUUAGGAAGAAAAUGGGUUGUAAUAGUACUGUGGAGAUGGUUAAGGCUGAAAAUCCGGACAAGGACAAGGACAAGGAAAAAGAGAAGGAAAAAGAGGCUGAUAAAUGUAAACAUCCUUGGUGUUAUUAUCCACAACCACAAAUAUACAGUUGCAAUGAACCACCAGCUUGCUCCAUUUUGUAAGUCAUAAUAUAUAUAUUAUGUUAAGUUAUAUAUAUGAUUUAUAAAAUAUGGAACAAGCUAGUCUUUUGGGUUGUAUCACCUCUGCAGAGGACUUCCCUACCUUCCUUUUAAUUAAGGAUCUUCAAGCUGUGCUCUUUUAUUAUA